AUGGUUGAAGUGGUUGCUGGAAUCCACACACCACCAUUGCAACUAACCAAGAUUGAUCAAGAUAUAAGGGCUGACGAAGAACUACAAGAUGUUGAAAAUUUGCUUGGAAUGGUGGGACACAGUGAGGAGGAAGCAUAUAAAUUGACUGGUUGUGAUGCUAGUAUCCGGUUUACAGUGACAAAUGGUGAGUGGAAGGGAUCAUUCACACAUGAAGAUUUUGAGGGGCACAGAGGGACAAUAGGAGCCGGUGACUUGCAAUGGAUGACUGCAGGAAGAGGUAUUGUUCACUCAGAAAUGCCUGCCGCCCAGGGAACCCAAAAGGGCCUACAGUUGUGGAUCAACCUAUCCCCCAAGCAUAAAAUGAUUGAACCAAGGUAUCAAGAAAUACUGAGCAAGGAUGUUGCUGAAGCCAUCAAAGAUGGGAUUAAGGUUAGAGUUAUAGCCGGCGAGGCCUUGGGAACUAAAUCACCAAUCUACACUAGGACCCCAACUAUGUAUCUGGACUACACUCUCAAACCAGGAGCUCACCUUCAACAACCAAUACCAAUAUCAUGGAAUGCCUUUAUCUAUGUCUUGGAAGGUGAAGGUAUCUUUGGCAAUGCAAAAUCUUCACCCACCGCAGCUCACCACCUUCUUCUGCUAGGAACUGGGGAUGGCUUGGAGGUAUGGAACAAGUCCUCCAAACCUCUCAGAUUCAUUCUAGUUGGGGGUGAACCAUUAGGCGAGCCACUAGUGCAGUUUGGACCCUUUGUGAUGAACACACAAGAAGAGAUUGACCAAACCAUUGAUGAUUUUGAGAAUUACGUUAAUGGUUUUGAGAAAGCCAGGCAUUGGAGAUCAGAAAGCAACCUUAGUCUUGAUUGUUAGGCUAUUAGCUAUUGUUUUAUUUGGAAUUUAUUUGUUGAUGCCAAA